AAAGACUUCUUCAGAUUACAGUGUGAUCAGUGUAGGAGUUUUGAGUGCGAAAAAAAGAUAUGAGACUACCGUUCUACCUAGCAGCAAUAAUUUUGCUGCACCGAGCAAGCUCAGAGGAACAAUCAUGGUCCUGGGGUUCAGAUCAGAAAGACGCAUCAGAAGGAAACGCUAAAGAAACCAAAAAGGAUCAGACCGAUGGUCGAUCCAGCAGCUACUUCGACGAAGACUUGAUAGCAGCUCCCAGCGAAUUUAUAGAUAAUUUAAGCGCCAAUAGCACCGAAGCUGGUCAGAUUAUAGACGAAAUCAUUAGUUCUACAAGAGAGGGUAGAGCUAUAGAUGGUUUCGAUGAAGUUUACAGCGAUCCUAAUGUACAAGACGCAUUACAAAAGGGCGAUGAUAGCGAGGCUAGGAAUAUUAUCAAGGACAGGUUGUGCGCAUUGGGGUUAAUGCAGUGUGAAGAUUUGGAAGGUAAGCGUCCCUAUUACUCCCCAGAAGAACUCAUUUACGCUCAACCAAUAUCUAUCAAUCCAGUCGGUAAACCGAUUCCAACCAUUCCAAUAAAAGGAGUAAGAGGAAUAGGAGGCUACGGUCCACCAAAACCACUUCCUUACCCCUCAACCAGACCACACCCACCAGGAAAAUACCCGUCGUUACAAAAUAAAUACCCUUACCCAGGUUCUUCUAACUCCUUUUCACCACAAGGAAGUCAUCAAAUUCAACAGGGUGGUCCAAAUUACUUCCAACAAGGCAAACCGCCAAGAAGACAUUUUGGAGUACCUCCAUCUAAACCGUUCUAUGGAAAACCUUCUGGUCUUAACGGCGAAGUGUAUGAGGGAGCUGAGUUUUUCGGUAGUAAACCACCUAGUUUUAUACCUGGUGCUAACGAAUUUUCUCAACCGUUGGAACCCGAGCCUUAUAAAUAUGUUCAACAAUCUGCAGGUCAAUUUGCCCAUAUCAAUAAGGACAAGAGGGUCGAGAUCACUGUGAACGCUCAAGGAGGAACAACGGCUACUGUUGGAGGAGUAACACCAGGUACUUUAGAACACGUUCAUCAUCAUUACCACCACAACGCAGAGGGCUCUAGUAAGCCAGUAGUAAUCAAUCCAAUCCCAAUAGCAUCAGCCGCAGUAUCAACGUCCGAUCUCUCUUCCCAUUCCUUCAAUUCGGCAAACGCGUUUGGCUCCUUCAAACCGUCCGCAAGCGUAUCCACUUCUGUCGGACUCGGAAGCUUCGGUUCCACUAACGGGUACCAUCAAGGUCAAACUCUGGGCGCUAACGGGUUCCACCAAGGUCAAUCUUUGGGCGCUAACGGGUUCCAACAAGGUCAAUCUUUGGGCGCUAACGGGUUCCACCAAGGUCAAACUCUGGCUACUAACGGGUACCAACAAGGUACCUACGGAGGUCAAUCCAUAGCCAACUACGGAGUCAAACCCGUAAACGAAGGUUAUCCGGAACAGAGUUACGACAGCUUCGGUGCUUCAGUGGGUGCUUAUGGUACGACCGGAUUGUAUAAAAAAGAAUUGAAUUUAAAUAGUGGUAAUAGUAACUAUCUUCAGUCCGGUUAUGCUGAUAAGUACCAAGGCUUGGAGUCGGCUAGGGCUGAAAAUUACGAUUGCGUUUGCGUACCUUACGAUCAGUGUCCCACGCACGAUGUACUUGGACGUAAAGAUGAUUUGUACUUACCGUUGGAUCCUAGAAACCUGAAAACUGAUAUCGAAGCUUUAUCUGAUGAAGAACGGGUUAUCACUGACGGAAACGGUACAAUGACAGUUAUCAAAGUCGGUAAAAACGGUACUAGCGAAACUAAUCAGGAAGUUAAGAAAAUUAGCAAACGAGAAGCCCCUGUAGAUGCUCCUGUGAAGGACGAUACCAAACCUGAAGCUAGACAAUUCUACGGCGGAAACGGUCCUAAUGGUAUCAGCGGUCGCCCGCAAACCUGCGGACCGCGCCAUGUUUGCUGCAAGCGCCCUCUACGCCCGCAAGUACCAAACGUGAACAAGCAAUGCGGCACAAGACAUUCCCAAGGUAUCAACGGUCGUAUCAAGAACCCCGUGUAUAUAGACGGUGACAGCGAGUUCGGGGAAUACCCCUGGCAGGUCGCUAUUUUGAAAAAGGACUCCAAGGAGAGCGUAUACGUAUGCGGUGGUACUUUAAUUGAUCAUUUACAUAUUUUGACUGCUGCGCAUUGCGUUAAAACAUACACCGGCUUUGACUUAAGAGCUCGUUUAGGCGAAUGGGACGUUAAUCAUGAUGUGGAAUUCUAUCCAUACAUCGAAAGGGACGUCGUUUCGGUUCAGGUACAUCCAGAAUUUUACGCCGGUACUCUUUACAACGAUAUAGCCAUUCUGAGGAUGGACUCACCUGUGGAUUGGUCGAAAUAUCCGCAUAUUAGUCCAGCUUGUUUACCACAUCCUCAUGACGAUUACACAGGCACACGAUGCUGGACAACUGGAUGGGGCAAAGAUGCUUUCGGAGAUUUCGGGAAGUACCAGAACAUUUUAAAAGAAGUUGACGUACCCGUGAUUGGAAAUGACUUAUGUCAAAGACAGUUGCAGAGUACUAGGCUAGGAUAUGAUUUUAAAUUGCAUCCUGGUUUCGUGUGCGCGGGCGGUGAAGAGGGUAAAGAUGCCUGCAAAGGUGACGGAGGUGGUCCAAUGGUGUGCGAAAGAGGCGGUACUUGGCAGGUAGUAGGAUUGGUCAGUUGGGGUAUUGGAUGUGGUCAAAAUGGUAUACCAGGGGUGUACGUCAAAGUAGGACACUACGUAGAUUGGAUAAGACAAGUCACGCAACGAUAUUAGUAAUUUUAAAAUGUAUUGUAAGACGGUAAACGUCAAAACUGUCAAUUGUUAUUGAAUGACGAAACGUAGGAGAGGUUUACUCUGAUGAAAAUGUACUGCUUGCAUACUGUGACAUUUUAUUUAUAAAGUAAUUUAUUCGUUUAAGUAAAAUUUUAUUUAUAAAUUAGGCUUAGUUUAACUUAUUUACUGUAUAUAUUUAAGUACAAGUUUUUGUUCACCUUUGUUACUAUUUUUAUGUUGUGAUAAUAGUAGCAUAGUACUGAUUUUUUAUUUUUAAAAUAUAAUAAGUUUAAACAUUA